UUUGUGAAGACGGACAGAGCCAUUCCCCCGCGACUGAGAGCGAUGAGUUGCCCAAGAAAUGGAGCCCGAGGCUGUGGAGCCUGCGAUGCGUUUUCGCCACGGGGCGGGCGUCUAGACGCCAGGGAUCCCGGAGCAGCAGGGCAAGAGGACUGGCAGCAGCAGGAGCAACAGCGCCCGGAGCAGCAUUCAGAUGCAUAUGUUAUGAUAGCCCCAAAUCCAACAAAGAGGGAUCAGUUACAGAAAAUUGCUAAUAAAGAGCUGGAAGACCUCGCAAAAUGGAAGGAGCAGUGCAGGCCACGAGUGCUUAAUCUGGUACCCCAGAAACUGGGUGGGAAAACAUCAGAGGCUGAAGUGAGGCGAAAGCAGCAACUUGAACAUAUGCAGUCCAAAUACCGGCAAAAGCUGAAGAGAGAGGAAGAUGAACGAAUCAGGAGGGAGGCAGAAGAAGCUGACAUUUUGAAAAAGAAAGCAAUUCAAAGAGAAAAGGCCAAUAAACUUGAAGAAAAACAAAGGCAACAAGAAUGGCAAAGACGGCAGAUGUUUGAUGAGGACCAUUUCGUAAAAAACACCCAGUUUCUAAAUAGAAUGGAUUUAAGUCCAUCUAAUCGAAGAUCCUAUCAAACAGACUAUCGUAGUCUGGAGUCUACUUCUUGG